UGCAACGAAAAAUUACAAUUUUAAUCAUAAAACGCGUUUUAUGCUUAAUUGAAACACCAGAAAGUGCUGCAGUACACAUUUGCCCACAGCCAGGAGUUCGCGUUAAGUACGCAGCGCCAAGAUAAAGGGGUGAAAAUUGCAUUUGAAAGUGGAAUUGUUGGUGCGAAGAAAAAUUUUUUGCAGCAAAAAAUUCCCAGGUCAAGUAACGUAACAAGAGCCGAAACAGAUAACACAACAAAAGAACACGAGCAGCAGCAGCAGGAAGUGCCGAAAGAAAAGGAAACAAAAGCGGCAACGGCUUCACAUUGGACAUGUCAUGUCAGCAAGCCUCCAAAUUCCAUUCAGCCACCGCAACAGCCACAUUAGCCAAGAGCACAGCCACCAGGAGGAUUGCCACAACUGCAACUGCAUCAGCAACAGCAACAGCUACUGCAGCAGCAACAGCAAUAACCAUAGCAACAGCCACAGCAGCGGCCACAACAGCAGCAACGCUGACGCCAGUGGAGAGUAUUGCCGGCAAGACGACGUCCGAGGACUCGGAUCCCUAUGCCUUCACAGAGACUGUGGCCGUCCUUCCGCCCGUUUUAUUCAAAGCACAGAAACCGAGAGCCCGCCUAAGCGACAGCAAUAGAGGCAGCAACAAGAGGCAGACGGCAGCAACAGCUGCGGCCAGCAGAAAUGCGAAUCUGGAGGCAAAGGCGCAGGCGUCUUUCUGGAACACAACCACAACGAAUUUCCAUCAUGUCACGCAAUCUCAGAGACAGUCAGCAUUGUCGCCCGCGUUGCAGUUGCAGUUGCCGCUGCAAUCCCAGUCGCAAUCGCAGCCCUCGCCGAAACGGGCCACCAACGUGUGUAUUGUACGCCCGCAGCAGCAGCAGCAGGACAAAGUAGCCAACUCGGAGUCCUGCCAGCCGCCGGCAGCACCGCCCCCGCUCUACGCUCACACUCCGUCGCUGUGGCAGACGCCGUUGCUGCUGGAAAACAUCCAGAAGCAACAGCUUCUCCAGCAGCAACAUCAGCAGCAGCAGCAGCAACAGCAGCAGCAAACCGUUGCCAUUGCGCUGGUCAGCCCGCCCACAUCGCCCGCCUCAUUACCUUCGCCCACUCUGCCGCCCGCCACCGCUGCAGUGACGGCCAUGGUGGCUCCGAUCUCCGUGUCGCCCAAGGGUGGAUUACCUUUGCCGCCAUCAAAAUUCCAUUAUAACACACUGGCGCAACAUUUGCAAAAGGUUGAAUGCUUAAAGAAAAAGAAAACCUUGCCGCUGGCCUGCCAAAAUAACAACAACAACAACAACAAUAACAACACCAAGUUGCUGAACAACAACAAUGUGUUAGAGUCGCUUAAUAAACCGGUGUUGCAGGGCACGAACUACAAUCAGACACAGCCGCCACCGCUGAUGGUUUUUAAUACGGGUACAGUUGCAGUUCCCGUCCAGACUCCCCAGAUUGCUGCUCCACAGAAACAUUCCACCGGCAACAGCGUGGAUGACAGCGAUCUCAACGAGAUACCCGUCAACGUUAUCUUCCGAAAGCCACCAGUGGCGGGAGAAGCGGCGGCGGCUACAGCUGGAGGUUCAGGAGCCGCAGUCGGAACUGAGCCAGGAGCGCAACAAUCUCGAGGAGCGGGUGUGAAACUGGUGACUCCUCUGACGCCGCCCACUCCGCCAGAGAUGCCGGCACCCCCAUUGCUAGCGCACUUGCAACCGAAGAUUCCCACAUCAUGUGUUCCAGCUUUGACACCCAGCUUCAAAGUGAUGCCGCCAGCAGUUCUCAGCACCAAGUUGGCUCCACCGGCUGCCCCAAGCUCAAAGCUCCCGCUUCCGGUAGCAGCAGCUUCAACGAACUCUCUGGAGAUUGCAGCAAAAGCUGUUUUAGCCACAACAACCUCAUCAGCACCCGCAUUAGCCAAGAAAACUGAACAAAUGUCUUCCAAAGUGGCCAAUACCAAUGCCGCCGUUCGUCAGGCGUCCGCAGCUUCAAACGGCGGCAGAAGAGGCAUCACUUGCAUUAACAACAAUAGAAACAACGGCAUCGCAGCAAAGAAAUCGCCCCCAACUUCCAUGCCGCCUCCCCAGGAACCGACUCCCUUGCCAGCCUUAAACAAGGCGGAUUCGGCUCAUCGCCAGCGUCGCCGCAAGCCCGCCUCCAAACGCAGCUCGGCAACUUUGAGUGAGAAAGAAAUCUUUCCGGAGGACUCGCCCUACUGCCUGCAACAGCACUGGCUAAACUCUGGCUCCAAGGAUCACGCCUUGGACUCGCCUCUGUCGCAGAGCAAUCGGCGUGAGGAGCGGAUUGCGGUCCGUAAAGGAGUCUUGAGGCGGCAGGCAUUGCAGCUGCUGUCCACUAGAUCGCUGCAGGAGCUGCCCAUGCGAGCGGCGAAGCAGCGGCUGCAGUGCGUCCAGAACAUGCUUAUCAAGUACCAGGACCAUGCCGGUCAGCAGCAGGGAAUUGGAAUUGGCAACCGAUGCCUGGUGUCCAGCUGCAAGCAGCCCACGCUUAGCAUGGCGGCACACUGUGAGCGCCACAUCGUGAACAACGGCACGCAGCAGCUUUUCCAGCCCUGCGUGGCAUGGCGAAUGGAUGGAACCGCCUGCAAGGCUCCCGUCUUCGAUUUGAAGCACACACUGGCCCUGUGCAAGGAACACAGUCACCUGCGUUCCGGAAUGGAUGCAGCCCGCCCGGCACCGAAGCAGGCGGCUGCCAGUUUACCUGUUGCAGGAGUGGUCACGAAUGCGCCCACGCUAAGUGUGCCUGUAAAGCAGCAGCGCAAGCGUAAGGCGAACACAAAUCCCGUGUCUCGUCCGCAGAAGCGUGGCAGAAAACCGGCGAACGAGCAAAAUGUCACCCAGGUCAACAGCCAGAUGAACACUCUGCCGGUGAUUCCGUCGGCGGGAAUGCAGCGCAAGAGCAGCACCACCUCGCUGGAGUCCAUUGCCAGCAACUCGCACUCGUCGGCCACCUCGCACUCCCAGCUGCCCUACACGCCUGCAAAUGUAUCCGUUGCGGUUCCCGCCGUUCAGAACUUGCCCCAGCUGUCCAUUCCGCCAGCGCUGGCUCCACUCAGCGGUGAUUUUCAGCCCAAGCAGCUGCUUGAGCCGCUCUUGGUGCCCAAGUUGGAGGUGGAUUCGUUGUUUAAAUUCGAGACCGAGCAGCCGCAGCAGCAACACUUGGAUCCGGGUCUUAAUUUGUUGUCCAAUGCCAAUAUCAAAGCAGAGGAGAUUAGCCAAAUAGUCGCCCAGUUGGCAGCUGCCAGUGGCGACUUGCCCCAGCACAACAAUAACAACUGUAGCAAUCACAACAACAACAACAACAACAAUAGUGUGCACUUUAACAAUAAUAAUAAUAUGAACUAUAGCAACCACAACAACAAUAACAAUAACAAUAACCAGCACAGUUUCCCCUCAUUCAACACGGCCUUUGGCAACGCCAUGGGCCAGCCAACAAACACAAUCACGCACAAUGGCCACGCAGCUCCCGCUGUCCUGGCCAACACGGCGGAUCUGCUCGGCCAGGACAUGUUCGGCAUUUGCGAGAACAGCUCGGCGUACGCCAGUUCCGAGGACACCGGCCUGGGCGGACUCAGCGAGUCGGAGCUGAUAGGCGCUAACGAUGCUGAUGACAUAGCAUUGAAUGGAGCGCACUUGCUGGAGGAGCACGAUCUGGUAAAUGUGUUCGACACGCUGCCGGACGAUGCCUUCAACGAGCUGUUCCAAUCCGUGCAACAAGCCGAGUGCGAGGCCAUGGACCGGGCACUGGAGAUCGCCGAUAAGAACCUCAAGUGUCUGCAGCAGACGAUCGGCGGCUCGGCGGACAGCGCCUUUCUUAACGAUUUCCUGGACGUGGGCGACGAUCUGCUGGCCGAUGCCGUGAUGCACUCACCGAACACGUCCGGCAUCGAUGCCGCCACACUGUUCGUGGACAGCAGCAGCGGUGGCGGCAAUAGCAGCAGCAACGGCGCCUCCGACAUCCGGGGCUUGGUGCAGACCUAAUUCCGGCAUCAGGUCGGAUCUAGGGCCUACAGAGUUCACUGAAAGAGAUUUUGCAAUCUAAAUUUCCCUUUCACUUUCGGGCAGCUUUCGCUAAGAGUUUCGGUAUUUUCUUUUUGGCAAUUUUUCACCUGCGAUUCUGGUUCGGCACAAUCUUCUAUAUGCUGCUAAUAUAUAGUUAUGCAUUAAUGUGAAAAACCUAAAAAAAAAAAUUACAAAAAUUACAAAAAUUUGAAAAAAAUGUCCAAAAAUAUUUAAUUCAAGUAAAAGAAACAACAAUAAGAAGUAAAUGUAUAUGUUACGAUACACAGAAACAUAAAUAUGUAAAUUCGCGGGAAACUGUUGCAUUACAUUACUCUAAACGUAACUUAAAUUGUUAGUGAACCAACAAAGGAUUGUAGAGAGCAGCUUUAUUAUACAUAUAAACGAAAAACGAUAGAAAUACACCAGAGCAAACAGAAAAAAUGAAACCGAAAUAGUAGGAAAUCUAGCAACAAAUUUGAAUUCUGAAUUAAAUGCACGAACGCGAUACAUUGAAGAGUUCGUUAACCUAAGUAAGCUUAGAAUUUGAUUAAACAUUUUGUGAGCGCAUUUACAACAAGCACACCUUACACUCAAACCAGAAUUGCAAUCAGUUUUGAGAAAACAAGAGAAGCAGAAGAAUUUUUGUUUGGCUUGUUCCUGGUUUGCACAUAACACUAACACUAAUACACACACACCAACACCUACACACACACAUACAACGUACAAGGGACUAGUUUGAAACCGCGAAUCGUAUUACUAAAUAUAUAUACAACUAUAUAUACUUAUAUAUAAAAUAUAACUAUAUAUACAUAAUACUACUUAAAUAUAUCUGUACACAUACGUUUAAGUGUAAGCUUUAAUUUAAACCAACCCACAAACAAAGAAGAGAAAAAUCAACAACAAAAAAAUCAACAGAAUGUAAAAGUGUAUACUUGAUUUAAUUUUAAGCUCUUUUAUUUAGCCAUUGCGCUAUGGCCGGAAACUUUGUUCGAUUUUAAUUUAGCCUAAAACAUUUUAAAAGCAAAAUUAGGCUGACCGACAACUUUUGAGUUUUUACCUUGCGUUUGUCUAUCUAGAUUCUGUAAAUUAACAAAUAUUAAAUAGAAUAUAAAUGAAAUGUAAUUUUCUUUAGUCUAGUGACAAACAAACACAUAUAAACCGAGAUAUAUUUAUACAACAAAACACAAAACAAGCAAGAAAACUGUUACGCUUUAAAAUACGAUAUAUACCACUCCCUGGAGCCCGAUCCCAAAAUCAACGCCCACUAAAAAGUUCAGACCCCAACCAUUCCAUUCCCAUCCAUUGUAAGUUUUCAUUUCUCAUCUGUCACCUGGCAUCUAAGCAAGUAUUAAAUGAAUUAAAAACGUUUAAUAACACUA